AUGGCAUCUUCGUUUUAUGGAAAUACUUCUACUGCCACAACUCCAGUGGCAAAAAAAAGAGCCAAGGUUCUAAAUCCAACACCACCGCCACGUAAAAACUCAACCAAAUGUGCUUCACGAAGCCCUGAUGUGAUGUUUGGAUUACAGCAACAGAAUGAAAGUUUAGAGGAAACUUCAUUUGAGGAAGAAAAUAAUGCUUCACCACGGAUGUUGCGGGCUCUCACUAACGUUAAUGAUGCACUGAGAAAGAGGAUUUCAUUGCUGGAAUCUCAAAUUCAGAACAACAAUGUAAGAAUAGAAAAUGUGGAAAGUUCACUUGUAGAUGUAAACAAUAAAUGUGCGAAUCAAUUUGAUGAUUCAAAAAAGGGAAAUUGCCACCAUUUAUUUUCAUGA